AUGUCCAACCUGGACCCCGUCACCGCGGCGGUCACGAGCCAGCUGAAGGUGCUCAGCACUGCGGUCUUCUCGGUGCUGAUCCUGCAGAAGCAGCUCUCCAAGCGGAAGUGGGCCGCCCUGGGGCAGCUCGUCUUCGGGCCCCCCGCGCCGCCCUUCGCGCGUGGGAUCGGGGAGGUGGACUUAAGUCUCAUUAAGUAUGCCGACGACCUCACUAAGCUGCACAUUGCAGGAGGUGCGGAUAUUGUUUUAAUGGAUGCAGGUCUCUCGGAACUCGCUGCCGCUAAUGUGUACUCCAAUAUUGCACUGGAUGAAGCCCUGGCCGAGGGCGGGUGGGCGCAGAACAAAGAUAAGCAGACCACCAUCCUCUCGCUUGUUGGCCAGGGCUCGGAGGGGCUAGCUGGGAUGGAGAAGUACAUAAGCAUAUACUUUCAAACGAACAAGUAUUCAGGUUGGAUGGCAAAGCUGAGCGACCAGCCCCCAGCCGACAAGAAGGGCAGGACGGGCGAGGCAAGCGUGCAGCAGCGAGGCGUCGGCUCCAAGCCGGCCAAGAAGCAGACGAUCGACGAGUUGGUGAUCGUGCUGGCCAAGCUGGUGCUCAGCGACGAGGCGGAGUUGCGCGCGCUCAUCGGCGCGGUGUACGACACGUGGCUCGUCCCCGUCUCGGCCAAGGUCGUGGAGGCGGCGCUCGUGGAGAAUCAGGCCUUCAACGCGGAGGCCCAGGCGGAGCGGGAGAAGGAGAAGGAGGCCCAGAAGCAGAACAAUACGUCCUUCGUGAAGAAGAAGCUGUGCGCCCCGCACCUGCGGGUGUUCGCAGCGGUGGUGGAAGUGGCAGCGACGAAAGAUGGCGAAUCAUAUAUCUCCUUGCAGCGGCAAGCGGCAGUCCACUAUUGGACGAACACCGUGACGAAGGUGGAGCAGCCCGAGGAUCUCUCGGACAUGGUGAGGUUCUGCCGCGUGAAGAAGCUGAAAGCCAAAGCCCCCGACGGCACGACCGACCUGGCGAAGGUGCAGUUCCUGCUCAGCUCGGAUCAGCCGAACUCGCACGACCUGCUGAUGGCGCUCCGCCAGACCUUGAAGGAGCAGGGCGGCACCAAGACGAUCGGGGGCGCCCCGCGCGGGGUGCUGGUGCGCGAGGCGCAGCGGCUGCUGGACCUGGUGAAGUGA